GAUCCCAUGAUGUUCAAGUGAUGCCUGAAUCUGAUGCAUAACCAGCUCAGCAUUGUCUUAUCUGACAGUUGGGCGUGCUCUGAUGGUUGUUCUAUAAAAGAAUGCCUCCAACUGCAAACAUAUCAGGCAGCUGAGGAAACACUUAUUGUACAGGUUUCUGACAGAGAUUACUCUGCUCUUAGAGAUGUUGGAGGGAAAAGCUUGGAUCCCAGGUUUCAUCCUGCUUGUGCUGCUCACAUUAUGUGGUGAAACUGCUCGCUGCCAAAAUCAACACAAAGGUUCGACACAUCUGACAGACCUGAGACUCAUUCUGGUUGGAAAAACGGGAUCAGGAAAGAGUGCUUCUGGAAACACCAUCCUGGGGAGAGAAGAUGCCUUUAAAGAGGAAGUCUCACCUGAGUCUGUGACUAAAGACUGUCACAGAGAAGAGCUAAGCGAUCAUGACAGGAACAUCGUUGUCAUUGACAGCCCAGGACUGUUUGACACAAACAAAACACAAAAAGAAGUCAAACUGAAAAUUGAGGAGUGUGUUAAGCAGUCAGUUCCUGGACCUCACGCUUUUCUGUUAGUGAUCAGUCUGAAGUCAAGAUUCACUGAUGAGGAGAAGGCAGCUGUGAAGUGGAUCCAGGAUAAUUAUGGCAAAGAUUCUUCCAUGUAUACCAUAGUCCUGUUUACACAUGCGGACUUGCUAGAGGGUAAAUCUGUGGAUGACUAUUUGGCAGAGAGCAAACAUCUACAAAGACUGAUAAACGAGUGUGGAGGACGAUACCAUUCACUCAUCAAUGACCAGAGAGAAAGCAGAAACCAGGUCAGAGAACUUCUAGGUAAGAUAGAGAGAAUGGUGAAGUCCAAUGGAGGAAAACACUACACCAAUGAGAUGUACCAGGAAGCUCAGAGGAAACUUGAGGAGGAGAGGAGAAAGAUGGAGGAGGAGGAGAGAGAGCGAAGAAAGCGGGAAGAGGGGCAAAAUUAUGCCUGGUUUAAAAAGAUAGCUGCCGCCGCUGGAAUUAUUGGAACAGCAGUGUUUUACUGUAAUAGCACAUUCACAGAGCUGCGGACAGCCUCUUCAGGGAUGCAGGUUUUCAGAUGUAAACCAAAGACAAUACAAGGAAAUAGGAAGCCCCCUGUGCAUAGGCAAGGCUUCCAGAAGUUUCCCAGAAAAUCAAUGUCUACAGUCAAGCCACAGAGCUUCUCUACGUUCACAACUCAGUCCUGGAACGUAUUUGGUCACCUGGGAACUGGAAAAAGUGAAUCCGAAGUAAUGGCUGAAGCAAUACCACUCCGAGAAAAGAAGCAGAGAACUCUCCCUCGGUCUGAUGGGUGUGGUCUGAAUAACUUUGACGCUGUGGAUUUGUCCGGAGGGUUAAGGAUCAUCCUGGUGGGCAAGACUGGAUCAGGCAAGAGUGCGUCAGGAAACACCAUCCUUGGGAGAGCUGCCUUUAAAGAGGACCCGAGCCCCGUGUCUGUGACCAAACACUGUGAGACACAGAGUGGGGAAGUGGAUGGGACUAUGGUCCAGGUGAUUGACACUCCGGGUCUGUUUGAUACAGGCAUCACAGAGGAAGAAUUAAAAACCAGGAUAGAGGAGUGUGUCAAGAUGUCUGUGCCCGGCCCUCACGCCUUCCUACUGGUGAUCAGGCUUGGAGUCAGGUUCACCGAAGAGGAGAGAAAUGCUGUGAAGUGGAUCCAGGAUAACUUUGGAGACGAUGCCUCCAUGUACACUAUCAUGCUGUUUACAUGUAAAGAUCAGGCCAAAGCUGACAAUGCUCUGAAGGAGUGCAAGGAGCUGCGGAGACUCUCUAUUACAUUUGGUCGCAGGUACCAUUCCUUCAACAACAACAACGCAGACGACCAAGUACAGGUCAAAGAGCUGAUCACCAUGAUAAAGGAAAUGAUACAGGAGAACGGAGGGAAACACUACACCAAUGAGAUGUAUGAAAAAGCCCAGAGGAAGCUGAAAGAGGAGGAGGAUCGGAAAAAACAAGAGGAGGAAGAGAAGAAAGAAGAGGAGAGGAAAAUAUGGGACGCAGAGAGGGAGAAGAAAGAGAAGGAGAGAGAAAAGGAGAAAAGGGUUAAAAGAAAGAAUAUACGGGUUGCCUCGGCUAUUGCUAUUGUGUUGGUGUUAGCAGGGGUGGUUAUAGCAGUGGGAGCCAACACCUCAGUGGCUUUGGCACUAGGAGCUCCUGCGCUCUUCCUGGGGGUGUUAUGUGGUGUAGUUGCCUUUUGCAUAUGGAAGGGCAUUAGAUGCAAAGGCAAAGCAAAUGUUCCAGUAUAACUACGUGGAGGCUAGUGACGAGGAUGUGUUGAUCCAUCUGCAGUAUGUGACACUGAAUAUAUAGUCAUAGUACUGCACACAUUACUAUUUAGAACUACUCAGUGAAUGAUGUUGUUUUGGCCUAUUCUCCAAACUUUUUAAGUUUUGACACAACACUGCAAUAACAGCUGUGAAUUUAAUGCUGACAGUAAACAAACGGUAUGAAAUGCAA